GUCAAUAAAUUUUAUAAAGCGUGGACCCUGGAUACCUGUCCAUACCCCCGAGGUUGUAAAGCAGUAAGUACCGUCUAGUAUGCAUAAAAAUUCUUCAGCAGCUCGAUCAGCAAGAUUUUGUCCCAUCGUAAUUCCCAGAGUAUUAUUAUUUGCCUUGGAAUGGCAAGCUUAGCUAGCCUGUGGAGAGGCCCAAGAAGCAGUGAAGAAGAGCUAACGCAGAGCAUAGACUUCUGGAACACCCCGGAAAGAUCAGGAUGGCUGAUGAAGCAGGGAGAGUACAUAAAAACGUGGAGGCGCAGGUGGUUUGUGCUGAAGAAGGGGAAGCUCUUUUGGUUCAAAGAAAAUUACAUCACCAGGGAGUCGAAACCCCGUGGCAUCGUCCCUGUUAACACCUGCCUAACCGUCAAGGGCGCCGAAGAUGUUCUCAACAAGCCUUUUGCAUUCGAGCUCUCCACAAGCAAGGAGACGAUGUACUUCAUCGCAGAUAGCGAUAAAGAGAAAGAGGAGUGGAUCAAUUCCAUUGGCCGAUCGAUUGUUCAGCAUUCCAGGUCGGUUACGGAGUCUGAGGUUGUUGAUUAUGAUAGCCAGCGUGCUGAUCAGUAAUACCCACUUGCUAAAUUGCACAUCUGUUUAAUGUAAAUAAGGGUUUCAGAAAGGGCGUUGAUUAGGGUUUUGGGGGAGUUUUAAAAUUGUAUUACUGGGGAGGGUGUUUUAUUGAACUUGUAAGUUAUUGUUUUCUUAUUAUGGCGUUUCUAGCAUGUUUAUGGAAGCCUUUUGGCCUCCACAGUGAAAUUCUAAAAUGCCUCGUUUGAAUCUGUUGCUGUUUUAUAAUUGAAUUAUGAUUGUUUUGGGCGUCUUGUAUCGUUUUACCGAAUUCAUUCAGGCUUUAUGCCGUGCUCUUUAAUUGAAUUCAAGGUUGCUGAGA